AUGGGUAAUCAACCUGAUUUUCCAGACCACGUCUCGAGAACCAUGUCCAACGAUGACCUGGACAAACCCCAAGCCGUGAAUGUCGAGCUACAGCAAGAGGCCCCGGACUACAUCAAGUCCCUCAGCCCAGAGGAACGAGCCGCCAAAGAGAAGGCACUUGUCCGCAAGAUCGACCUUCGUCUCAUCCCUACCAUCGUCAUCAUCUACAUCAUGAACUACCUGGACAGAAAUAAUAUUGCUGCCGCCCGACUCGCCGGCCUCGAGGAUGAUCUCAAGCUCCAUGGCACGCAAUACCAGACCGCCGUGUCAAUCCUGUUUGUGGGUUAUCUCUUGAUGCAGGUUCCGUCCAAUCUUUUCAUGAACAAAUUCGGAAAACCAUCCAUCUAUCUAUCCACAGCAAUGGUCGUCUGGGGUGCGAUAUCGAUGGCCACCGCCGGGGUACAGAACUUUGGAGGUCUUAUCGCUGUUCGAUUCUUCCUCGGUUUCGUCGAGGCGGUGUACUUCCCUGGCUGCGUGUUCUUCCUCAGCUCUUGGUAUACUCGUAAAGAGUUGGGGUUCCGAACUGCGAUGCUCUACUCGGGAUCUCUCUUAUCGGGAGCGUUUUCCGGGUUGAUUGCGGCUGGCAUUACAGAUGGAAUGGAUGGCCUCCAUGGUUUAAGAGCUUGGAGAUGGCUGUUUAUCGUCGAGGGAGGCAUCACUAUCGGGAUUGCCAUUGGUGCAUAUUUCAUCCUACCAGACUUCCCAAGUACGACGGCUUGGUUGACCCAAGAAGAGAAGACUUUGGCCAUUUGGAGACUGCAGGAAGACAUUGGAGAAGCAGAUCGUGCAGAAGAUGGUCAGGACUCGUUGCUCUAUGGAGCCAAGUUGGCAUUCAAAGACCUUAAGAUGUGGAUUUUGAUGGUGAUCCUCUUCUGCAUCGUCUUUUCCGGCUCCGUCACAAAUUUCUUCCCGAGUGUCGUAGAGACGUUGGGCUACUCCAGGAUCAACUCACUGCUUCUGACAUGCCCACCCUAUGUCCUGGGUGUUAUUACCGCUUUCAUCAACGCAUGGCACGCUGACCGGACUGGAGAACGCUACUUUCACAUUACCACACCGCUCUAUUUUGCCAUCCUAGCUUUUAUCUUGGCGGCAGCCACCACCGCUACAGCUCCGAGAUAUGUCGCCAUGAUGCUGAUGAUCCCUGGCGUCUACACGGGCUACGUUGUCUGUCUAGGCUGGAUCUCCAACACCCUCCCUCGCCCGGCUCCGAAACGAGCCGCAGCCAUUGCAGCGAUCAAUGCCGUUUCGAACACCAGCAGCAUCUUCGCUAGCUACAUGUUUCCCUCCUCAGCUGCUCCGCGAUACGUUGUAGCAAUGUCGGUAUGCUGUGCAAUGGCUGGGACGGCGAUCAUUUUUGCCACUAUCCUUCGCUUCAUCUUGGUCAGGCUGAACCAGAAGCUCGACCGCGGGGAGUUUGUCGAAGGGGCCAUCAAUGCACCUGCAGGCGAGAGAAGGACGAGUCUGAUUACAGCUGGUGGAGCUGUCCCAAGUGAGGCUGCCACUAAAGGUUUCAGAUUCCUGGUGUAG